CUUUUAAUCUUCUCUUCUUCUUCGUUCUUGCUGUUGGGCUUCGUUGCUUCGCAGGUGUAGAGAUUGCACGUGUUUCUUCGGCUCCUUCGUUGCUGUUCGACUGUGUGUAGAGAUUGCACGAGUCGUUUCUUCGGCUCCUUCGUUGCUGUUCAACUGUGUGCAGAGAUUGCACGAGUCGUUUCUUCGGACGUUACAACAUUUUGAUCUGAAGCAACGACGGUAGCUCGCUCGCUGUGAAGGAGCAGCUACACUCACCACUAACGUUGUAUAUUUCACUACAAUUUUUGAAAGAUACUAGAGUUUGCUCCAUUUGGAACAUGUGGAAGCUAGGAUUCGGUAAUGGAGGUUGAAGCAAUUUUAGAACAAAAAGCUAACUCCCACUUCUCUAGUGCUGGCAACAAUGGUAAUCCCACCCCCAGUUAGGCCAGCACCAGUGACCAAGUUCCUCAAACCAUACGUACUUCGGAUGCAUUUCUCUAAUAAAUAUGUGAGUGCACAGGUCGUCCACACCCCCACUGCCACUGUGGCUGCCUCUGCAAGCUCGCAGGAGAAGCUGCUUCGGCCAUCCAUGGAGUCGACCCGAGACGUAGCUGCAGCAGCCAAGAUCGGCAAAAUCCUCGGGGAGAGGCUUCUGUUCCGGAACAUUCCGGCAGUCGCCAUCUUCCUCAAGAGAGAGCAGAAGUACCAUGGAAAGGUUAAGGCUGUCAUCGACUCUGUAAGAGAUGCUGGUGUGAAGCUAUUUUGAGGUUCCUGCAUCUUUCAAGUUAGUUAAAAUUUGUGAUUACAUUUUUGCUGGAGAACAGUUUUUGGAGCUUGAAUGACUUGCUGGUUUUUUUUUAA